AUGGGGCUUAAGCAAACACCACAAGCAUGGUAUUUCAAACUACAUAAAUGCCUUGUCUCACUCGAAUUCUCAAGGAGUAAUGAUGAGCAGGUUGUCUACUUGAAGAGGUCAAACAAAUCUCACUUGAUUAUUGGAGUCUAUGUGAAUGAUCUAUUAGUCAUGGGUGAGAAUGAUAGUGACAUUAGCAAAUUCAAAGAUCAAAUGAUGAAUUUCUUUCAAAUAAGUGAUCUCGGACAGCUUUGCUCCUACCUGAGCAUUGAACUGACGCAAGGAGGAGCUAGAAUCACCUUGUCAUAGAGAGCCUAACGUGACUUAGUCGUUGUAUAGUAAAUCACGUAAAUUUAAAAUUUAUAAAACUAGAAAAUACCAAUUUUUAGAUAUUUAGAAGUAUUUUUGAACAAAUAUAUUAAUUAUAAUUAAAUAAAAAUUUAAAAAUAGUGAUAAUUUUCUAAGUCAAUCACAAGGAUGUAAUAUAAUAUUAGGUAAUUUUGCAAAAUUUUCUUCGAAAAAUAUAAUUUUUAUGAAUUUUAUACUAAGAAAUGAAAAUGAAAUGUAUUUAAAAUUCGUAAAAAAGAAAAAUAAAGGUGCUGACGUCAAGAUGACAUCAGUGUCCAACGAAUGCAAAUCAGACAGAAAUAGAGUUCUACUCGACGAUUUUGACAUAAGUACUUACAAAUGAUUUAAUUGAUCAAAUUAAGAUCUGUAAAAUCCAAAAGAAUUGUAAUUGAAUGAAGUAUAACUUGGUAAAUCUAAAUCACACAAAUUAUUACUAAAUGAAGCAAAAAUUAAGUUGAAAGUAGAAAAAUAAAGUUCCGGCAUCACGGUGGCGAUGCAUUAGUGAUGCACCAGAGUCUUAAGCAUUCGAGAGGAUCAUUGUGUAAUGUCCACGGCCUCGAAGGCUCUUCUUGGACAAAGACGACAUGAGCAAUCUCUAUAUCUCCUUGCGAAGUCUAGAGAUCAAUAAAAUGGGUCGUAAAAUUGUCUCUAAUGGUUGUCAUCCAACAGAGCAAAAAAACGGCGACUUUGUGACUCUCUAGCGGCUGUCACUUGAUGGAGAGGAGCUGAAUAGAGGUGAGGGCGCGUGUUAGGGAACUUCAUCCUUAGGUUCGCACAACAAGAAGAGGCUCUUCAUUGCAUCCAGUACACUCUUAAGAGGUGGCAACUCGUCUCCCAAUUGAUCGUUCUCUUCCCGAUGACGGCUUGUUCAUCAAUCAAUUAGAGAUGAUUUACUCAAUGAAUUCAUAAUCUUUUUAUCGCAAAUCAUUUAGCAAUUUUGGUAAUAAUGCUCCACGAAUAGUGUUGACGAGAUUUUCGCCGAUGAUCCAGCGAUUCUACCGGCUUAAUCUUUCACUAGCGAUCUGUAGGAAAGUCGCGAUAAUCAAAUAAAAAUACGAGUUUUGGCUCUAAGAGAAUUCAGACCUACACUAGUUGUCCACUUGUAUGAGAGAGAUUGAAAAAAGUACUAUAAUGCCCUUAUUAAGUGACGUCAUCAUAGUAUAUCUCUAUUAUAAUUAAGGGGUAGUUUAGGUAUUAAAAUCUUCAAAGCCUUUCGGGAGAAGGUGUGAUCCCACAUCGUUUGUGUGCCAAAGUUUUAGGCGAAUAUAUAGUAAUAUCACAUUUGCAAGCAAUGAGUCAUUUUCUCCCGUGUGUACGACCACUCCUUACCCCACAACUAGUUGGCCACUAGUGACGUGGAAGGGGAGUGGUGCACAUGUGCCCCCAUUGGUCCUAGCCACUCGAGCCCUUGCUCACAACUCCCCCCGACUAUACUUCCAACCUGCUUAUAGAUCUGGUUGAUCGAUAGGUCCCCCCCCUUUUGCUAUAUUUUUAUUUUUAUUUCUUUUUCUUCAUUUAUCUUAAAAAUAGGACUAUAAAAGUCAUAUAAAUUUAUAAAAAAUUAUAGAAUUAGUUAAAAAUUCAGGUUAAUCAACUUAAAAUCACUUUUUAUAAUUUAACAUAAAUAUAAGUCUAUUUAUCAUGAGUUAAGACUAAAACUAUAUUAUUUAUUAAUUAUUAACUCAUGAUAAUGAAGACUUAUCAGAGCCUAUACAUUUAAAAACAAGAUGUUGCGAGGAUGUGAGAGUGCAAUCCAGUCCAUGCUUCACUUGAAGCUAGAGAUAAAUUUAAUCAAUAGAAUUUAGGAUUGUCAGUUGAUUCUACCUACUUCCGUAGCCUCAUCGGAAGUCUAAGGUAUUUGACUCACACUCGCCCUGAUCUAACUUUCUCUGUGGGAUUACUAAGCAAGUUUAUGGAGCACCCCACUUCAGAACAUCUCUUAGGGAUCAAGUGCAUUCUAAGGUACGUAAGAGGUACAAUUGACUAUGGCUUAGUCUAUGAGAAAGGGGAGACAAAAGCAAAAUUAGUCAACUAUAGUGAUAGCAACUUUGCUAGUGAUGUGGAAGAUCGGAAGAGCACCUUUGGGCAAGCUUUCUUCCUCAGUGAAAUGCUGAUCAGCUAG